UAUAUUUUGUAUUUCCAUUUUUCAAAAGUCACAUUUUAUAGUGAAGUUUUUAAUUUUGUUGUUACAUUUUACAUACAUCACCUGAGCUAUAGAUUACUGUCACGAACACACGUGCGCUCCCGUGACGUCACGCACACACCAGCACUGCUGAGCAUCACGUGGGAUCAGUGGAAAGAGGAUGCUGCUGUCGUUUAGGCCGCUGAUCUCCGUCUCUGUGUUGACUCUGUUGGGCUGGUGCUGGUACAGCUUCAGGAGAAGGAGGAGGACGACGACAGCUCCUCUCUGGACUAAAGAGAACAUGAGUUGUUCGGACAAAAGCAGCCCUCUUCAAUCCUCCCCCGCUGACUCCAGUAUUUUGGGGGAAAGUGACCUGAACAUGGACCACAGCAUCUCAGGAUCCUCUGAAAUUAAAAACCUUACCAGCACCUCUUCCAAAAUUGGCCUCACCAAGGGAAUUCGACCUGAGCCAGAAGGAGAAGUAUCCGUUCGUUUCCCUGACACUCUCCGAACUGAGCAAGAAAAGGACAACAUUGCUGGCGAUGGUCAUCCAUACUGUGGAGAAGUUAUUGAAGAGGACUCUGGGCUUGAAUCUGAUCCGAUUUGUCUCUCUUCAAACCGCCUUUCCACCGACUCUCACACUUUAACAGAGCAACAGUCAGGUCCUGUCCGCUUGGACAGUCAUGAUGGCAGCAGCCUGUCUGAUCUCUCACCUGAAAGAAGCCAGGAGAGCAUGGAGAAGAUCAGCUCUGUUCAGGUCCAACAGGUCAUAGACGCAGCCAUAAACCAGGAACCCAGCGAUCCACAUGAGCUUGCUAGUGUUUCGAGAUCUCCAAAGGGUGGAUUUCAACAUGCUGCUCAAGAAUCAUUCAGCAGUGAUGACGACAACAGAGUAUCCCACGCCGGCUCAUUCAGGGAUAAACUGCUCAGCCAUUUAGGAGAUGAUUCUGGAUGUGGUUCCUGCUUCUCAGAGGAUGCAUGUGGUGCAGAUGGGCUGACCAGAGAGUUGUCCGAGGAGGCCCAAGGGUUUUUGAUGACUCCCACAGAAGCAGACACAGUCAGCACUGAGAGCAAAAUGACUUCCAGCGUGCUCGGAGUGGCGGAGGGAGAGGAGCUGGCCUUGAGAGGUUCAGGUGUUAAAAGCUGCAUUGGUGCUGACACACAGGUGAGCAGCUUGGCUCCACCUCCAGCCCCACCCAUCAUUCUCUGGGACAUCGAGGUGCCAGCGCAUCUGGUGGGUCGAUUGAUCGGGAAGCAGGGAAAGUUCAUGAACUUCCUGAAACAGAGCUCUGGAGCAAAGAUCUAUGUUUCCACCCUGCCGUUCACUCAGGAGGUUCAAAUCUGCCACAUCCAGGGCUCUCAGCAGCAGGUGAAUGAUGCUCUCUCACUCAUCAGGAAGAAGUUUAAAGAUCUGGAUCUGUCAAAUUGUGUUCCUCUGCCCUGCCUGUCCAUUACAUCCUGGCUGCUGCUGCCUCAGGAUGUGUUUGUGGAGGUGAUCGUUUCACGGGUGGAGGCGGGUCAUCAUCUGUUCAUUCAGCAGCACAAGCAUCCAUCUUAUCAGGCCCUUCCCACCCUUAUACAGCACAUGCAGCUCUGCUACUCUCAGCCGGGAUGCCCCAGCCUGCCCACACCUGUUGAAGUGGGGGUGGUCUGUGCAGCUCCGGUAACAGGAAGUGGCUGGCAGAGAGCCCAGGUCAUUCAGUAUGACAGAGAGUCUGGCAUGGCUCAUAUCAGAUAUGUAGAUAAUGGAGGUUAUGACACUGUCAACAGCGCCUCCCUCAGGCAGAUCAGGUCAGACUUUGUAGCGUUGCCAUUCCAGGCAUCAGAGGUUCUGCUGGACAAUAUCGCUCCUUUGCCAGGUGAGGAAGAGUUUUCCCUGGAGGCCAAAGCAGCGCUGGAGGAAUUAACUGCGAAUAUGGCCUUAAUCAUAAAGGUGACAGGCAGUCAAGACGGCCUUCCUUUGGUGCACAUGUGGAAACAGGCAGGAGAUGAGGUGGUUCUGGUGAACAGAUUACUGUCUGAACGUGAGUUUUGCACCUGGUUUGAGACGCAGUGAUGUCACAGCUUUUCAUUUUUCCUUUCUUGAACACACUUUUGUAAAUCAGUAAAUCAUGUAUUACACUUUUUGUACAUUUGUUUGUUGUAUGAAGAUUUGUUGGAGACCUCAUUUUUGAAGAAUUCUCUUUAAAUGGUUAAUAUUAUGAUAUUUGAUAUUAUUUAAUAAUAAUUGAAUUAAGUUAUUGCCGCAGAAUGCAUUGUAGAGUAACCAAAGCUGCUUACAAAAACACCUAUUCAGAUUAACUCUUGAAUGCUGAUGGUUUGAAAGAUUGUGUUGUGCUCAGGUAUUUUGAUAUUGAAGUGUAUAGAUUUUUUUGGUAGCAAUUUGUUCUCUGUUUAGAAAUAUUUGUUUUUCUCUUGGUCUUUGUAUUUUGUUUCUUUUCUGUAAGAUAAGGGUUGGGACAGUGUUGUGCUCUCUGACUGUAAAGCCUUAAAAGAACUCCAGCAGUGAAGUGCAUUAUGAUCCCCUGCUGAAAUUAACUUGUAAGGUUCAGUGCUCUGUACUCUCAUGCUGACGCUGCCAAACAUUUCACUGCUGUUGAAGUAAAAGAUUAGGUGGAUAU